GGAAGGGGUGAUGUUGGAGAGAUUUGCUAGAAAAUCCAGUUACGUGUAUUCUUACGCUACCGAACGUUUAAAUUGACGGAAUUAAAAAGAUAAUUGUGGUUAUUCGAUAUUCGGUUACAGGUCUCGUAUAAUGUAACUAUUUGGAUGCGUUUACAAACGUUUGGCAAUAUCAGAAUAUAGGAUCGAUCGAAACACUUUUGUACUUGAGGGACUAUUUUUAGAUAGAGGGGCGGUCAUUGGCGGCCAUGAUGGGUGUCAGCGGCAAGUAGUGACGGCAUUCACUUUGCGUCAGUUGGUUUUGUGCGCUGAUGGUUGGACCGAGGUUUUUUGGUUGAGAAGAGCGCACUAUAGGCCAAAACAGUUGUACAUAGGAACGAUAGACAGCCGCGAUAGAUUUUUCAUUAGGUAACCGCGGCUGAAAAACCUCGAAAAUUUUGGGAAAACAUUAGGAAAAUGACGCAGUUACUACCCAUAAGGUUUCAAGAACAUCUCCAGCUUACAGCUGUUGGGAUUAAUGCUAACAAUGUCAGCUUUAACACACUCACAAUGGAAUCUGAUAAAUUUAUUUGUGUUCGAGAAAAAGUUGGUGAUACUGCACAGGUAGUUAUUAUCGAUAUGAAUGAUUCUGCAAAUCCAAUCAGGAGACCUAUUUCUGCAGAUUCUGCGAUCAUGAAUCCUGCAAGUAAAGUAAUAGCUUUAAAAGCAAUGAAAACUCUUCAGAUUUUUAACAUAGAAAUGAAAUCAAAAAUGAAAGCUCAUACAAUGACAGAAGAUGUAGUCUUUUGGAAGUGGAUAUCAUUAAAUACUUUGGCAUUGGUAACAGAAACUGCAGUUUAUCACUGGUCUAUGGAAGGAGAAUCUACACCGAAUAAAAUGUUUGACAGACAUUCGUCACUAAAUGGCUGUCAAAUAAUUAAUUAUAGAACUGAUCCAAAACAAACAUGGCUAUUAUUGAUUGGUAUUUCUGCUCAGCACAAUAGAGUGGUUGGUGCUAUGCAACUUUAUUCUGUCGAGAGAAAAUGUUCUCAACCAAUCGAAGGACAUGCUGCUUCUUUCGCCCAAUUUAAAAUGGAAGGAAACGCAGAACCAAGUAACUUAUUUUGUUUUGCUGUCAGAACAGUACAAGGUGCAAAGCUCCAUAUUAUCGAAGUAGGUCAACCUCCUGCUGGUAAUCAUCCUUUCCCAAAGAAGGCAGUAGAUGUUUUUUUCCCACCAGAAGCUGGAAAUGACUUUCCUGUUGCUAUGCAAGUCAGCUCAAAGUAUGAUGUUAUAUAUUUAAUAACAAAGUAUGGCUAUAUACAUAUGUAUGAUAUUGAAUCUGCUACAUGUAUAUUUAUGAAUCGCAUAUCUGGAGAAACUAUUUUUGUCACUGCACCGCAUGAAGCAUCUGGUGGUAUAAUAGGAGUAAAUCGGAAAGGUCAAGUAUUAUCUGUAUCCGUCGAUGAAGAAAACAUAAUUCCAUAUAUAAAUGGAGUACUACAAAAUUCUGAACUUGCAUUGCGAAUGGCUGUAAGAAAUAAUUUGUCAGGAGCUGAAGACUUGUUCGUCAGGAAAUUUAAUUUGCUUUUCCAAAAUGGUCAAUACGCGGAAGCAGCCAAAGUUGCAGCAAAUGCUCCGAAAGGAAUACUCCGAACUCCGGCGACUAUUCAACGGUUUCAACAGGUACCAACUACGCAAGGACAAACAUCACCCUUAUUGCAAUAUUUUGGAAUACUUCUAGAUCAAGGACAAUUAAAUAAAUAUGAAUCUUUAGAAUUAUGUCGUCCAGUGCUUGUGCAAGGUCGUAAGCAGCUUCUUGAGAAAUGGUUGAAAGAAGAUAAAUUAGAAUGUAGCGAAGAAUUGGGUGACUUAGUGAAACAAGCUGAUCCAACUUUAGCUCUUAGUGUUUAUUUAAGAGCUAAUGUCCCUAAUAAAGUUAUACAAUGUUUUGCAGAAACUGGACAAUUCCAGAAAAUUGUACUGUAUGCUAAGAAAGUUUCUUAUACCCCUGAUUAUAUAUUUUUGUUAAGGAAUGUCAUGAGAAUUAAUCCAGAUCAGGGUGUAGCAUUCGCCCAGAUGUUGGUCCAAGAUGAUGAACCCUUAGCCGAUAUCAACCAAAUUGUGGAUAUAUUCAUGGAACAAAACAUGGUUCAACAAUGUACAGCAUUUUUAUUGGAUGCUUUGAAAAAUAAUCGGCCAAGUGAAGGAGCUUUACAAACACGACUUUUAGAAAUGAACUUAAUGUCUGCUCCACAAGUUGCUGAUGCAAUUUUAGGAAAUCAAAUGUUCACACACUAUGACAGAGCUCACAUUGCACAGUUAUGUGAAAAAGCUGGCUUAUUACAACGUGCUUUGGAACAUUACACCGAUUUGUAUGACAUUAAGAGAGCUGUAGUACAUACACAUUUACUUUCUCCGGAUUGGCUUGUAGGAUUUUUUGGAACAUUAUCAGUUGAAGAUUCUUUGGAAUGUUUGAAGGCAAUGUUGACUGCUAACAUAAGACAGAAUUUACAAAUCUGUAUUCAAAUUGCAACAAAAUAUCAUGAACAGUUGACUACUAAAGCACUGAUAGAUCUAUUUGAAAGUUUUAAAUCAUAUGAGGGACUGUUUUAUUUCCUGGGAUCUAUUGUUAAUUUCAGUCAAGAUCAAGAAGUACAUUUUAAAUAUAUUCAAGCAGCAUGUAAAACUGGACAAAUUAAAGAAGUGGAACGAAUUUGUAGAGAAAGUAAUUGUUACAAUCCAGAACGUGUAAAAAAUUUCCUCAAAGAGGCAAAAUUAUCUGACCAGUUACCUUUGAUCAUUGUUUGUGAUCGAUUCGAUUUUGUACAUGAUCUUGUACUGUAUCUCUACCGAAAUAAUUUACAAAAAUACAUAGAAAUUUACGUUCAAAAAGUAAAUCCGUCACGUCUACCAGUUGUAGUGGGUGGUUUACUUGAUGUAGAUUGCUCAGAGGAUAUAAUAAAAAAUUUAAUUCUUGUGGUACGUGGUCAGUUCUCUACUGACGAGCUUGUAGAAGAAGUUGAGAAGAGAAACCGUUUGAAGCUCUUACUUCCAUGGCUGGAGUCUCGUGUCCAUGAAGGUUGUGUUGAACCUGCAACGCAUAAUGCACUAGCGAAGAUAUACAUUGACAGUAAUAAUAAUCCAGAGAGAUUUCUUAAAGAGAAUCAAUUUUAUGAUAGUAGAGUAGUAGGAAAAUAUUGUGAAAAACGUGAUCCACAUUUAGCGUGUAUUGCGUAUGAGCGUGGUCAAUGCGAUAGGGAAUUGAUAAGCGUAUGUAACGAAAAUAGCCUUUUCAAAAGUGAAGCUAGAUAUUUAGUGAGACGUAGAGAUCCAGAUUUAUGGGCUGAAGUUCUUCUUGAAAGCAACCCUUACAAAAGGCCGUUGAUUGAUCAGGUUGUACAAACAGCUUUAUCAGAAACACAAGAUCCUGAAGAUAUAUCGGUUACUGUUAAAGCAUUUAUGACUGCUGAUUUACCCAAUGAACUAAUUGAGCUUCUUGAGAAAAUCGUACUCGACAGUAGUGUAUUUAGUGAUCAUCGCAAUUUACAAAAUCUUUUGAUUUUAACGGCAAUAAAGGCUGAUCGUACGCGUGUUAUGGAGUACAUCAAUCGGCUGGAUAAUUAUGACGCUCCUGACAUUGCUAACAUUGCUAUUAACAAUGAGUUAUACGAAGAAGCUUUUGCCAUCUUUAAAAAAUUCGAUGUGAACACGUCAGCUAUCCAAGUUUUAAUCGAGCAGGUUAAUAAUUUAGACAGAGCUUACGAAUUUGCUGAAAGAUGUAAUGAACCGCCGGUAUGGUCUCAAUUAGCCAGAGCACAAUUACAACAAGGUUUAGUGAAAGAAGCCAUAGAUAGUUUUAUUAAGGCUGACGAUCCAUCAGCGUAUGUAGAUGUAGUAGAAACUACUCAUCGAACUUCUCAUUGGGAGGAUUUGGUUCGUUACUUGCAAAUGGCUCGCAAAAAAGCGCGUGAAUCUUUCAUUGAAAGUGAAUUAAUUUACGCAUAUGCAAGAACCAAUAGACUUGCAGAUCUUGAAGAAUUUAUUUCUGGUCCUAAUCAUGCCGACAUACAAAAGAUUGGCGAUAGAUGUUUCGACGACAAGAUGUACGAUGCUGCUAAACUUUUGUACAAUAAUGUAUCGAAUUUUGCACGAUUAGCUAUUACGCUUGUUCACUUAAAAGAAUUCCAAGGCGCCGUUGACAGCGCUCGCAAAGCGAAUUCAACUCGUACUUGGAAAGAAGUUUGUUUUGCUUGUGUGGAUAGCGGAGAAUUUAGAUUAGCACAAAUGUGUGGAUUACAUAUAGUCGUACAUGCCGAUGAAUUAGAAGAUUUAAUCAAUUAUUAUCAAGAUCGGGGGCACUUUGAGGAACUUAUUAAUUUAUUGGAAGCUGCUUUGGGACUUGAAAGAGCGCAUAUGGGAAUGUUCACUGAAUUAGCUAUACUUUAUAGCAAGUAUAAACCUCAACGAAUGCGAGAACAUCUUGAACUUUUCUGGUCUCGAGUUAAUAUACCGAAGGUACUCCGUGCAGCAGAGCAAGCACAUUUAUGGGCAGAGCUUGUAUUUUUAUAUGAUAAAUAUGAAGAGUACGACAAUGCAGUCCUUGCAAUGAUGCAACACCCUACUGAAGCAUGGCGAGAAGGUCAUUUCAAAGAUGUGAUUACUAAAGUGGCAAACGUUGAACUUUAUUACAAAGCUAUACAGUUUUAUGUCGAAUAUAAACCCCUACUUCUGAAUGAUAUACUACUUGUACUUGCUCCACGCAUGGAUCAUACGAGAGCAGUUGCAUAUUUCAAGAGAACAGGGCAUUUACAACUUGUAAAACCAUACUUGAGGUCGGUUCAAGCAUUAAAUAAUAAAGCAAUUAAUGAAGCAUUAAACGGUCUACUUAUUGACGAAGAAGAUUAUCAGGGACUCAGAACAUCGAUUGAUGCGUUCGAUAAUUUUGAUAAUAUUGCGUUAGCGCAACAACUGGAGAAACAUGAAUUAAUUGAAUUUAGAAGAAUUGCCGCAUACUUGUACAAAGGAAAUAACAGAUGGAAACAAUCGGUGGAACUAUGUAAGAAGGAUCGAUUGUUUAGAGAUGCUAUGGAAUAUGCAGCAGAAUCUCGCAAUCCCGAAGUUGCUCAAGAAUUAUUAGAGUGGUUCUUGGAGAGAGGAUCAAAGGAUUGUUUCGCAGCAUGUCUGUUUCAUUGUUAUGAUUUACUUCAUCCAGAUGUUAUUUUGGAACUUGCGUGGAGACAUCGUAUUUUACAUUUCGCUAUGCCGUAUCUUAUACAAGUUGCACGGGAAUAUAUUACUAAGGUUGAUAAACUGGAAGAAGCUGAAAGUCGCCGCAUGGAAGAAACUGAUCAUCAAGAACAUAAACCUAUGAUUAUGCCGGAACCUCAGUUAAUGUUGACAGCAGGACCAGGUAUGAUGGCACCUGGUUAUGCACCACAAGGCGUAUAUGGAGCACCACCGCAAGGUGUCUAUGCACCACCUGCAGCAGCGUACCAGGCUUAUGGUAUGUGAAACACAAUGUGCAACACGUUCAGUAACAGAGAUCAACAAAAUCUACUUUUCUAUAAUAUCUAGGUAGAACAAGAUUAUUUCAAUAGCUCACAAUUAUAUAAAAUGCUAAAAUAAUAUCAUUAAAGAGAAAAGCGUUGCCGCAAGAUAAUUGUAACAUAAAUAAAAAUAAUGAAUUCAAAGUAAACUAC